CCACUCGAGUCGCUCGUUCACUUCGCCAAAGUACCUUCACACUUGCAUGAAGGGUUAACUUCUGCAGUUUUGUGUCCCUCCCCCACCCCACUCCGAGACCAGAGAGCCACCAUAAAUGAGAGAGGGACUGAGAAGAAACAGCUAGCCACCUUGAGAAAGAAAUAAAAGAGAGAGAUCAGAGAAAUGGGAGGCAUGAGGACUGUGUUGGGUGAAGCAAUACCGUCCACAGUGAUGUUCAUAAUGGAGUUUUGCACUAUUAGCUUAACCAUCAUGGCGAAAACAAUUAUCUCAAGAGGGAUGAGCCCUUUUGUUUUUGUUGUUUAUACUAAUGCUCUUGGCUCAAUCUUGCUUCUUCUAUAUUCGUGCCUAUGUUAUAGGAACCAAUCAGAGCAGCCGUUGCUCAGCUUUCAACUCCUCCCACGUGUUUUCCUCCUUGGCCUAAUCGGGAUAACUGUAGCUCAAAACCUUGCAUUUCUUGGACUAAGCUACGGUUCUCCCAUUGUUGCAUGUGGCAUGGGCAACUUGAUCCCGGCUUUCUCCUUCAUCCUCGCUAUAAUAAUCAGAAGAAAGGAAAAUGAUUGGAAAAGCUUGAGCAGUCAAGUGAAAGCGAUUGGCACCGUGAUUUCAUUUGUGGGAGCAGCAUCGGUCGCUCUCUAUAAGGGCCCUGUGGUCAAGCAGUCUCCGCUGCCCUCAUUUUCACUGCAGCUAAUUCCACCGCCACUUUUAAUCUUUUCCUCACCGCAGGAUGAGAAUUGGAUUCUCGGUUGCGUUUUAUUAGCAGCUGCUUCAUUAGCAAUUUCAGUUUGGAAUAUUAUUCAGGUGGGAACUGUCGAAAAGUACCCACAAGUCAUGAAAAUAGUUUCUUUAUAUAGCUUAGUCGGGACCCUCCUGUCUGCCAUACUUACGGUAAUCAUAGAAAGAGACGUCGAUGCUUGGAAAUUAAAGCUUGACAUGGAGCUUCUCGUUAUUAUUCUAACAGGCAUUUUUGGGAGUGUAAUCCGCAGCAGCGUCCACCUCUGGUGUAUGCAGAAAAAAGGCCCUCUUUUUGCUUCUAUAUUCAAGCCAGUGGGAAUUCCCAUUGCAAGCAUGUUUGGCUGUUUCCUAUUUGCAGAUACAUUUCACUACGGGAGCAUCAUAGGAGCUUUGGCAUGCGGAUUGGGUCACUACACCCUGAUCUGGGGACAAAUCAUGGGUUAUGAUGAAGCGGGCAUUAAAAACCACAAGAGCAGGAGUUCUCCAUCUGAUGAUCAGAAGACCCCGCUUCUGCAGCAGGAAGACUCACAAGUAUGAAGAGUGGCGGCUAAGUAGCAAAACUGGUACAGAAAUCAAACAUCACUGCAAAAUUAAUUAAUUUUUUUUUUUUAACAAAUCAAUCCUGUUGGAAAGGUGUAUUUUGGAAACACAAAAAGGUACAAGUGGAACAACAAUGAACAUGUUUGUUGUUCAUCGUUUCCUAUUUCUAUUUUUUUUUUUUUUAAAAACCGAAAAUAGAAUAGGUCUUUUCUUUUCUUUUCUUUUCUCACAAGUGGUGGGAAAUUCAAUUCUGAAGCUUGUAAAUGGAUGUAUCAUAUGCCCAGAACUGUUGUACAAAGAAGAGAAAGAUUGUA